AUGGCACGACACUGCACGCUUUGCAAUCUCGGUUUCAAGACACGUUCCGGAUACAAUGCGCAUCGACGGACGACCCAUCUUCACCCCAAGCCGAAUCCUCAAAGCCCGUCCGUGUACCAGUAUCACCGGCUUCUCAAUGCUCGUCCCUGCCUUCCGGAUGGCACAUUUCUCCCUCCCAACACCCCGCCCCCUCCGCACUGUGAUGCCGUUGACUGGAACCCCUUCCCUGGUCGUCCAUCUUUCGAGUACGCUGAACUGGUGUACGAUGCGAGUCCGCAAUCUGAAGAGGCGAUUCUUCAGCUUCGUCAGAUUCUACGCGCGCAGUUCGUUCUUGACGGCCACGAAGACUACGAUCCCUUCCCUCAGAGCAAGCCCGACAUAGAAGACCUCAUUGAUGCCAUUCCAUAUGGCGAGGUGCCGUGGCGAACCCUUCUUGUCCGCUACCGAGGUGUUGUCGGGCCGGAUUCACCCUCUUGGAAGCGUCAAAUCUUCAAACUACACACACGCGACAGCCUUCGCUCAGUGGAGACUCUGGCCGGAAAUCCCGAGUUCAAGGAUCAGUUCGAUUACGUUCCGUACGAGGAAUAUACCGGCCCCAACUGCCGCCGUGUUUGCAACCUUAUGUCGGGGCAAUGGGCAUUCAAUAAAGCAAACGAGAUCGCUGUCGACCCGAGCACGCAUGGUUGCAUGCUCACGCCCAUCAUUCUCGGAGCGGACAAGACCACGGUGUCCGUUGCCACAGGGAACCAAGAGUACCAUCCCGUUUACAUGUCUCUUGGUAACAUACACAACACUAUGCGUCGCGCCCAUCGUGAGAGUGUCAUCCCAGUCGCGUUCCUGCCCAUUCCGAAAGCGCUACAUGAGUGGGAGGACGACGAAGAGUUUCGACUCUUCAAGAAGAAACUCUACCACGCAUGCUUGGCAGCGGUUCUUGAACCACUGCGUCCCGGCAUGGAGGCUCCCGGACAUGUGCUGCGCUGCCCCGACGGCCACUUCCGCAGAGCCAUCUUCCAAGUCGGGCCGUUCAUUGCGGAUUACCCAGAGCAGGUAUACCUUUCCGGUAUCGUCUCCGGAUGGUGUGCGAAGUGUUUCGCAAUUCCGAACGGAAAUUUCCAGAAGGGCGACCCUCGAACACACCAAGGGACGUCAAAGAUGUGCGAUACAUAUACGCAUGCGGAGCUGUGGGAUGCGUGGGGAAUCAAUUCCGACAUACAGCCAUUCACGAAAUACUUCCCUCGAGCUGAUAUUCACGAGCUCCUCACACCCGACCUUCUCCAUCAACUAAUCAAGGGGACUUUUAAAGACCAUGUCGUUGCUUGGGUCAUCGCCUACAUCAAGCAAACAAACCCUGAUGAUGAAGCGAAAGCAAUACUCGAUGAUAUCGACCGAAGGUAA